GAUACAGAUCAACUCAGGAUAUCUUCAUUGUUCUUCUCAUUGUCUAAGCCCGCAAAUUACCAAUAUUCCCACCUUCCACAAUUAAGCUUCUAAAUCUCUCGCACUGCAUUCAUGGCCACUCAAAGACCCUCUUCAUCUACUAAUUCCGAGAAUACUAAGAAAAGAAAAAGAGACAAUUCAUCUUGUUCGGAAGAAAAUGAAACCUCUUCCUUACCUUCUUCCUCGACGGCUCGAUGGAAACAUGAUGUUUUCCUUAGUUUCUGUGGCGAAGACACUCGCAGAAGUUUUACGGAUCAUCUAUAUUCCUAUUUAAAAGGGAAAGGUAUUCUCGUCUUUAGGGAUGACGAAUCACUCGAGCGAGGAACAUACAUUUCUCAAGAGCUUAUGCAAGCAAUUCAAGAAUCCCGAUACGCCAUUGUCAUUUUUUCAAAAAAUUAUGCUUUUUCGAAAUGGUGCCUCAGGGAACUUGCCGAGAUCGUUGAAUGGGAGGAAAAGAAGAAUCUCACAAUUAUUCCUAUUUUCUACCAUGUGGAUCCUUCCCAUGUAAGAAAACAAAGAGGGACUUUUGCAGAAGCUUUCGCCGCACAUGAAAAAGAUCCCAUGGUAGACAUCGAAGAGAGUAAUACUUGGAGAAAUGCUUUCACAAAAGUCGGUUAUAUUAAGGGAGAGCACAUAAAUGGGGACAGGUACGAGUCAACAAUUAUACAACAAAUCAGUGAAAUGAUACUCUACAAUUAUACAAUGCCAAAUAUUCUAAUUCAUGAAAACCAGAAAAUUGUUGGAAUAGACUCCCGUGUAGGGGAAAUUUUGACCUUAUUGCAUAUGGAAUCGAAUGACGUUCGCUUCUUAGGAAUUCAUGGGAUGGGUGGCGUUGGUAAAACAACGCUGGCGGAAAUAAUUUAUUAUAGAUUUUAUUGUCAAUUCAAAGGAAGCGGCUUUAUUUCUUGUACUAGAGAAAGAUCUACUACUGCUCCUGAUCUAGCUUCUUUACAAAAAAAACUUCUUUCUAAGAUCAUGCAACAAGAAAUACAUGUAUGGGAUCAUCGCGAUGGACUCAUGUUGAUGAGCACCAGGUUGCGGAAUAAAAAGGUUCUUAUCAUUCUUGAUGAUGUGGAUUGUGAAAAGCAACUGACGGCAUUAGCAGGGGAUCAUAAUUGGUUUGGUCCAGGGAGUAGGGUAAUUAUGACAUGCAGAGAUAGUCAUCUGUUGGAAAGAAAUAAAGUGAAUAGAUAUAAGGUUGAGCCGCUUCAUACCACCGAUGCUUUGGAGCUCUUUAGUUUGUCAGCCUUCGACGAAACCCAUCCUCCAGAGGAUUACAAGGAUCUAUCUAUGGAUUUUGUGAAUUAUGCUGGAGGCCUUCCUUUAGCUCUUAAAGUUUUGGGUUGCUUCUUAUUUGGGAGAACAAUAGAUUUCUGGAAAGGUGCUAGGGAUAACUUGAAAGCGAAUCCUAAACCUGAAAUUUUUGAUAUUCUUAAAAUAAGUUUUGAUGGGCUGGAGGAACCGCAGAAAAUAUUGUUUUUGGAUCUGGCAUGUUUUUCUGAUCGAUGGAUAGAUUUUAAGAAAAUAUAUUCGGCCGACGUCAUUCAGGUUCUCAUCGAUAAGUCACUCGUAAGCAAAGAUGACGUAUACUUUAAAGAAAGGUUGACCAUGCAUGAUUUGCUAAAAGAAAUGGGUCGGCAAAUAGUUCGCCGCGAAUGUCGUCAAGAACCUGGACGACGUAGUAGGCUGUUUCAUCGUGAAGAUGUCGUUCACGUACUGAAUAAUGAUACUGGAACUGAUGCAAUUGAAGGCAUGGCCCUCAGUUGUGAUAGUAUUCUUGGAACAAAUCGUACCGAUAUAACUAAUGCCGAAGCAUUCUCAAAGAUGAUAAAUUUGAGAUUACUUUAUAUCUGUGCUUUUGGAUAUAUAAAAGGGUCUGGAAAUCCUUUAGAAUACAUGCCAAGCGAUAAGUUGCAGUUCCUAAAAUGGUAUGGAUAUCCUUUGAAAUCCUGGCCGCGGAGUUUCCAACCAAAAAAUCUUAUUGUAUUAAAUAUGUCUGAUAGCUGCAUCGAACAACUAUGGACGGGGUCGUUGGUUUUACCCAAUUUGAAGGAAUUAGAUCUGAGUUCUUGUGUGAACUUGAUUGAAAUACCAGAUUUGAGUGGAGCUCCAAAUCUCGAGAUAAUAAAAUUUGUAUAUUGUAGAAGCUUGUGUAAGGUCCACCCAUCCAUCAAAGUGCUCAAACAACUACAAGAAUCAAGAAUGUCUCACACCCGAAUCAAACAACUAUGGAAGGGGUUGGUUGUUUUACCCAAUUUGAAGGAAUUAGAUCUGAAUUCUUGUGAGAACUUGAUUGAAAUACCAGAUUUGAGUGGAGCUCCAAAUCUCGAGAAAAUAAAUUUUUCAUAUUGUAGAAGCUUGUGUAAACAACUAUGGAAGGGGUUGGUGGUUUUACCCAAUUUGAAGGAAUUAGAUCUGAAUUCUUGUGAGAACUUGAUUGAAAUACCAGAUUUGAGUGAAGCCCCAAAUCUCGAGAAAAUAAAUUUUUCAGGUUGUAGAAGCUUGUGUAAGGUCCACCCAUCCAUCAAAGUGCUCAAACAACUACAAGAAUUAAGAAUGUCUCACACCCGAAUCAAACAACUAUGGAAGGGGUUGGUGGUUUUACCCAAUUUGAAGCAAUUAUAUCUGAAUUUUUGUGAGAACUUGAUUGAAAUACCAGAUUUGAGUGGAGCCCCAAAUAUUGAGGAAAUAGACUUUUCAUAUUGUAGAAGCUUGUGUAAGGUCCACCCAUCUAUCAAAGUGCUCAAACAACUACAAAAAUUAAAAAUGUCUUGCACCCGAAUCAAACAACUAUGGAAGGGGUUGGUGGUUUUACCCAAUUUGAAACAAUUAUAUGUGGAUUUUUGUGAGAACUUGAUUGAAAUACCAGAUUUGAGUGGAGCUCCAAAUCUCGAGAUAAUAGAAUUUUUAUAUUGUAGAAGCUUGUGUAAGGUCCACCCAUCCAUCAAAGUGCUCAAACAACUACAAGAAUUAAGAAUGUCUUACACCCAAAUCAAACAACUAUGGAAGGGGUUGGUGGUUUUACCCAAUUUGAAGGAAUUAGAUCUGAAUUCUUGUGAGAACUUGAUUGAAAUACCAGAUUUGAGUGGAGCUCCAAAUCUCGAGAAAAUAAAUUUUUCAGGUUGUAUAAGCUUGUGUAAACAACUAUGGAAGGGGUUGGUGGUUUUACCCAAUUUGAAGGAAUUAAAUCUGAAUUUUUGUGAGAACUUGAUUGAAAUACCAUAUUUGAGUGGAGCUCCAAAUCUCGAGAAAAUAGAGUUUUCAGAUUGUAGAAGCUUGUGUAAACAACUAUGGAAGGGUUUAGACAAUUUGAAGGAAUUAGAUCUGAAUUCUUGUGAGAACUUGAUUGAAAUAUCAGAUUUGAGUGAAGCUCCAAAUCUCGAGAUAAUAGACUUUUCAUAUUGUAGAAACUUGUGUAAGGUCCACCCAUCCAUCAAAGUGCUCAAACAACUACAAGAAUUAAUAAUGUCUCACACCCGAAUCAAACAACUAUGGAAGGGGUUGGUGGGUUUAGACAAUUUGAAGAAAUUAGAUUUGAGGUUUUCUAAGAACUUGAUUGAAAUACCAAAUUUGAGUGGAGCCCCAAAUAUUGAGGAAAUAGACUUUUCAUAUUGUAGAAGCUUGUGUAAGGUCCACCCAUCCAUCAAAGUGCUCAAACAACUACAAAAAUUAAGAAUGUCUGGCACCCGAAUCAAACAACUAUGGAAGGGGUUGGUGGUUUUACCCAAUUUGAAGGAAUUAGAUCUGAGGUUUUCUAAGAACUUGAUUAAAAUACCAAAUUUGAGUGGAGCCCCAAAUCUCGAGAAAAUAGAUUUUUCAGGUUGUAGAAGCUUGUGUAAGUUCUACCCAUCCAUCAAAGUGCUCCAACGACAACAAGAAUUAAGAAUGUCUGGCACCCGAAUCAAACAACUAUGGAAGGGGUUGGUGGGUUUAGACAAUUUGAAGUACUUAAAUCUGAGUGGCUGUAAGAACUUGAUUGAAAUACCAUAUUUGAGUGGAGCCCCAAAUCUUGAGAUAAUAAACUUUUCAGAUUGUAGAAGCUUGUGUAAGGUCCACCCAUCCAUCAAAAAGCUCAAACGACUAGAAGAAUUAAAUAUGUCUGGCACCCGAAUCAAACAACUAUGGAAGGGAUCGAUGGUUUUACCCAAUUUGAAGGUAUUAGAUCUGAGUUAUUGUGAGAACUUGAUUGAAAUACCAAAUUUGAGUGGAGUCCCAAAUCUCAUGAAAAUAAAUUUUUUAGGUUGUAGAAGCUUGUGUAAGUUCUGCCCAUCCAUCAAAGUGCCCGAACGACUAAAAAUUUUGGGUUUAAACAAAUGUCUUACAAGACUACUAAUUCUAGACAAGUUCUGCUUACCAUCAUCGUUUAUGAGUUUCUCAGGCCUUCGCGAAUUAUAUUUAGGAGGUUGCAAUAACAUUUCAAUUUUUCCGAGUGUUAUUUGUAGUUUGGCAUCUCUUGAAAGUCUCCAUUUGGUUGGUUGGUCAAGACUAGAAAAAUUUCCAGACCUGAGUAGGUUGGAAUGCUUAAAGGAAUUUGAGGCAUACGGAACUGCUAUAACACAAAUGCCACCUGUCAAUCUAAUCCCCAAGAACAUCCGUUCCUUAAAGAUCCAAAGACGAAAGAGGAUGCCACGUAAAUCAAGAGAUCAUUUAGCCAUGUUCAUUAAUGACUGUUUUUUGCCGAAACAAAGCUCAUAUCCCACCAAUCAUGAUAUUGGAUCACCUGUGGAAUAUGACAUGGAAGAAAUGCAAAUUUAUUUCGGCAUUGCGCCGUUUAUAGAAGGGUGGUCGUUGGGAUCUAGAAUCCCGGAGUGGGUCCACAAUAAAAGUAUUGGCUCCUCUUUACAGAUAGAGUUGGAUGGUAAUACGACGUCGGUGAUAGAUUGUGCCAUCUUUAUAGUUUUUGAUUGUCAUCAAUUCCAUUCCCCUGAAGCUACUUCAAUUCCUCGGCUAUUCAAGGAAACUUCACAUGUGACUUGUAGCUUUUGUUGUGAGAGAGAUGAUGGUUCUUUAGAACAUUUUGAUUCCGGAUUCAGUCUCUCUCUCGUUGAGCCAAGUGUAUGCUGGGCAUAUGCACGUACUCCUCUGAAAUCGAAUAGUUCGGAUAAUCAGAGCUUCAUUAAGAUUUCAAUUAAAGAGAUUUCUUCUCAAACUCCUGUAGAAGUGAAAGAAUGGGGGUUACAUUUAGUAUGUCCGGACGAUACUGGUCUUGGUUUGGGAUCAGAUUUAGAUUUCUAUCGUCAAUUUUAUUCAGCAUGGAAAUGCGGUAUGACGAGAAAUGAAGAUUAGAUUCAUCCGGAGUACCCCUUUAAAGCUUAGUCCUUUUGAGUAAUGGCUUGGCAUUGUUUAUUUUGGGAAUAGAAUAUUAUCACCAUUUUGUACCUGAAACCUCUUAAUUCCAUUGACGAUGUCGAGGUGAUCAUGAAAUCUCAUAUUGAUUAAGGGAAUGCAGUCAACCACCCGAGCUUUCCUUCAUUGUCAUGUUUAUGGUACGUUAAUGCUAUCACUGUCUUUCAUAUCAGACUGAGAUCUCUAUAAAUCAUGCACUUUAGUCAUUUAUGCA